GUGCAGGAGCGGAGAAGAGGCACGCGUGCAUACACUAUCUUUAGACCUCCACGCUGGUGGCCAUUGGGACGUCCACGACCGCGCCUCCACUCCUCUGCCACCGGCCGUACCUCCACGCCGGUAGCCGCUUGAGCUUUUGUUCCGUUGUCGCUCCGCUCCCGCAGCACUCCCUUACCGGCGUCUACUGGCGUUCGACGGGCAGGCGACUGGAUCGGCAAGAUUGCGCCGAGUACACGGCUGAGAUUCGGUUCCGGACUGUUGACAUGUCCGUCUACCUAUGCAGCUCCACUUUGGCCACUGCCACAUCGCGCGCCUCCAUCGAACACGUCCCCGCCACAGCGCCACCUCAAACCACCCCUGCCCCCUUCCGAUGUCAGCCCCCGCGCGCCCUCCCGCCGCGCACAGCCACUUCGCGAGCGUCAUCGUUGCCGAACCCCAUUCCGUGCAAUCGCGAUGCCGCUCGCCUAGGCCAAAGCCGUUGUCGCCGUGAAGCUCGCGGUAUCCUUGAGGUGCUCGAUGUUUUGCCCGUUUCGCCCUCGCCUCCUCCCUUUGCCGCCACCACUUCUCCCCUCCAGGCCCUCUCCUUCGUCGCUCGGGAGCCCGGCACCGUCCGGAUGCAACGAAUCAAUGGCGGAGCAGAACAAUGUGGUCGCUGUCCAUGGGGAAGAUGAUGCUAACAGGAGUGUUCGGCUGCUGUUGGGCUCGGGGAAGAAGACCACUGCAGCACGGCUUCGGUGACAAGAUCCUAGCCAAAAACAUCCGGAAUUGAAGGAGGAGCUCGCCACGGGCACUGUUGAACCGAAAUAGUGGUAGUCCGGCUCCGCGAUGGCUAGCGGUGUUCACGGCGGUGCUCAGACGGCGGAGUGCCUCGGGCUGCUGUGCACGCACGCUACUGAGCGAGAAGUGGCACGCAUGGCAGGCAGCAACAGAGCGGAGCAGCGCCGCUGCAGCGAUGAGCUAAGAGCGGAGAGAUGGAGUGCUUUGGCUUGAUGGAGCAUAGUGAUUUAAUGAUCUCGUCAUAAUUUCUUAGAUUGAUUCUACCUGCAGCAUGUGGUGUCGAUUGGGAUUCAAUAGUUCAUCCAUUUGGUGUGAUAAUUCUUGAUCUGCCCUUAAUUCAGUUCAACUGAAUUCCACCUGUCUUUCUAUUCUUUCUGUGUUAUUUGGGGAGGAAGAAAUUUUGGUACUGAGUUACUGACUUUUGCAGAAAUUUGUUUAUGGAUGGCACAAAUAAUGUAGUGGAAAACCUCCAAAAUUACUUCCUCCUGAAAUGCCAAAGUACUGGUUAUUAACUUGGCACCAGUAUAUACUCACUCUGAUGCAAUCCAUUCAGUUAUUCCUUUUUUUUAAACCCCAUUUGCUACUCACUCCUUGUUCAACUGACAAGUACUUCCUUUUGCCGAUGAAGAUUGAAAUGACCAUGGUUUAAUGCUGCAGAAACAAGAAUGGGUCAAGACACAGGACAUGCUCAAGAGUAAGCUAAUUCUUGGAGAUGAUUUCGACUGGAGUUUUCCUUCAAUGGGAUCAAAUUCAGAAAACAAUCAUUCAAGGGGCAAACUGAAGUAUAUAAGCGGGGUUGACAUUAGCUUCUUGAAGGAAGACCCAUCCAUAGCAAGCGUCACAGUGGUAGUUCUGGAAGCCGAUACUUUUUUGCUUUCAGAGAAGUAUUGCACACUAUACUCCUUUUUUUGGACUCAGAUAAGACUGGUCUGCCAAGGUUCAGUAGUUUUGGUGUGCCAAGAUGACUGGAGUAUUGUCUGUUUAGCCGGAUACAGAUGAUGGAUCAGAGAAAGAUAGUCACAGCCCGAGUCUCUCAACAGCUAACCUUGUAAGCACCAGUGAUGGUGCUCUUAACCAUUCAUCUUCAAGUGGGGAAAAUGAGUUUUGGCUUGUCAGAAUGGAGAAGCCCAGAGUUGAAGUCGUGAUAAAGGCACAAAUGGUGGACCACUAUACCCAAAUCCUAAUGAAAGUGUUGGGGAAGUAUGUAGUCUCACCAGAUACUACUUCGCUAUCUGUCUGCCCUGUGAGUGGUAAGAUUAUUGUUAUCUUGUCAAUUUCCCAGUGAAAAGGAUCCGCAAUGAUACUCUUUACAGACAAUUCUGUUUUUUUUUUUUUGGCCUUUGGAUAUAUUGAGAGAUUAACUUAGCACACCACAGGCACAGAGAAGAAAAUUGCAUUUGUGCUUCAACGAAAUAGGCCAUAUGUUGAGGUCACAUAAGGGCCACAGGACAUAGGCCAUAUGCUUUUUCUCUUGUAAACAGGAUUCCUGAUGCCUGACGAUAUACAUUGUGAACAAUCCCGUGGUGUUGUAGUAACUCAAUUUGGUUAAGAAAUGAAGUGAUCUAUCACUACCUUAUACAUUAAUCAAACUUAGGGUAUUCUAUAGAGAAAUAGAGCGAUCUAGCACUUCCUUAUACCUAACCUACUUAUUUGGUCUCCGGUCAUCACCAGUCAUCCUCGGCAACGGGUCAUACAGCUUGCUAAUGGCACGCUAUUUUCUAGUAUUAUUCUACACCCUAAAUCCAACCCAGUCGGCUCAACUCCUAGGCCCUACGCCCUCCCACCCACGCACCCAUGCAGCCACCCCACGUGUGCAGCGCGCCACAUGGCGUGACACUCGCUGCGCCUACUCACCUCCCGUGCCAGCGCGCCACGUGGCACGACGCUAGUAGUUUUAGUAGUCCAGUACUGUCAAUAGUUCAAUAGCAGUCCAAUAGUGCUCAGUAGUCCAAUAGUUUUAAUAGUCCAGUAGCA